CUCGAAAGUGUAGUACGGACUGUCAAUACUAGUACCGUAGUGCUUUGCUGGCUGGAGAGCUGUAUCAUUCAUUAUUGUCACACCAGCUUAGUUUCAAAUUGGACGAGUUCACACAAGAUGCCAUCUCCUCGAAAGAGCGUCAAGAGCUUCCAGUCGGCCUCGACGCCCCUUGGGUUCGACACCAAAGCCGUAGACCAGACGACGCCAUCCACGUGGGGCUUGUUUGCCGUGCUGCAUUGGCUCGUGGGGGCCAUCUUGGCCUUUGCGAUUCUGUCCCCCAUCGGGUAUCACGUAAGUGCCAUCUACCGCUACAACUUGGCGUUGAAGUGGAACGGGUGGUUCAACAUCAACCCCAAGAACAAGGACCGAUUCGCGCCUGGCAAAGAGAUGCUCCCUGCCAACUACUUCUUCCUUUUCUUUGCUAUCCCAGUGUUUGCCGCGGCGGUGCUGUUCAGCCUAAGCAAGGCGCAUUUUCGUGCAGGGGUGUCGCACUGGCUGCACGUCAAGCCGCGGUUCCUCCAUCGACUGGUCAGCGUGGGUGAAAUCCUCUUCGUGCUGAUUGCCGUCGUCGGCAACAUCCUCGUGUUUUACCACUCGUAUACGUUUCAGUCGACGCUCAAGAAGCCCGUGUUGCGAGUCGUGUCUAUUGCGCUAGGCUUCAGUGGCCUGUACAACAUGGUGUUCUUGGCCCUGCCCGCCACCCGCCACAGCUUUUGGAUGGAAUGGCUCAACUUGCCUUGGGCGCGCGCUGUCAAGUACCAUCGGUGGUUCGGAGUCGCCACGAUCGUGAUGUUCUUUGUGCACUUUGUGAUCUUCUUAGUGCAGUUUGCCAACACGGACACGUUGGCCGACGAGCUGCUUCCUUGCUUUAACUGCGACAUCCGCUUUGAAAACAGUCAGGGCAAGGACGCCUGGAUCAACGUGUUUGGCGAGUUGUCUCUACUGUUCAUGCUCAUCAUGGGGGCUACUUCGUUUCCGUACGUCCGCCGUCAUUACUACGCGACCUUCAAGGCCACCCACUGGCUGUUCAUCCCCGCGGCCUUCACUGCGGUGAUGCACUACGAGCAAAUCAUCAUUUGGAUCUACGUGUCCAUGGUGCUGUACAUUGUCAACCGCAUGUACUCGAGCUCGACGGUGGCGUACCCCGCGGCCCUCGAGACCGCGACGGCGCUGCCGGGUCACGUCACCCAGCUCACGUUCAAAUGCUCGACGACGUACCUCCCAGCGGACCUUGUGUACAUCAAAGUACCUGCAAUUUCGACGGUACAGUGGCAUCCGUUCAGCAUCGCCUCGACGCCUCUGCACACCCCCGGCCUCUUGACCAUCUACGUCAAGGCAUUGGGUCAUUGGACCAAUCAGCUGCACGACUACGUCAAGCAGUGCCAAGGUGAGGGCGUCGAGCCCGUCGUGUACAUGGACGCUGGCUACACCCCCCCGACCCCCAUGUCUUCGUCGUACUCGAGCGUCGUUUUCGUCGGUGGGGGGAUUGGUGUCACUCCUCUCAUGGGGCAGAUCAUGCACUUGCUGCACGCACGCCCCCACCAGGACGUGUACCUUGUGUGGCAUGUCAAGACCGUCGAGAUGUUGAGUCAGUUCCAUGGGUGGUUGCGCGAGUUGGAAAGCGUGGCUGAAGCCAAUCAAGGCCGCUUGCACCUGCACCUCCACGUCACCCAGCAAGAUAUUUCUGAAAUCUCCAUCGAACACGACGAACCCGUGCACAAGUUUGCGUUGGGUGCGCCGUCGGGCGUCGAGGCCCGCCCGUACUCGCACCUGUCGACGUCGCGCAAGCUGGUCGUGUUGCUGCUGGCGUUUGUCGCCAGUGGUGCGCUCCUCUUUUAUGUCCGAUACCAGCAAAAGAUCUCGAAAAUCAACCCCGCCUACUGGCCUCUGCAGCGCUUUGUCGAGUUUUUGGUCGUGGUGGUCGGGUCGUUCUUUGCCUAUGGCGCUGCCAUUAUCAGAAAACCCACACAACCGCUGGCUUUUGCUGCUGCUACGGAGUUGCAAGUGCGAUCCAAUUUGAAACCGUUGUCGAAAGACGAAUUCGUCAGCCACUUCAACGUCAAGUUCGAACGUGCCAACUGGGUGCAGCUGUUUGGUGAAAUUAAGGCGAGUCAACCUAGCGCCGAGACGCGGUCGGUGGGGGUGUAUGUGAGCGGCCCCAAGGCGCUGUCGGCAGCGAUUGAGGCGGUCACAGUCGAUGAUGCUUUGUAUGAUGUACAUCUCGAAGUGUUUGAGAUGUAAAUGAAUUCAACGUGUACUCAUGGGCCAACUAUAACAACAUGUACCUCGAUUGCACGAUUGUGUCCUACUAUUUCACAGAUCUCGAUAGAACUUCAGUCAAUAGAAAUGCCCCAAUACCUCAUAGUAUUGGUCAAAAUGUAUUCCUUCUGAAUUUAAAUUAACGUGGAUCAUUAAUUCUUGC